AUGUGGGCCCUCAACAUUUGCGUGGCUUCUGGCGGGCAGCGGCCGCGGUGUAGGCUCGCGGGCGCGGGCUGGUGGGUCGACGCCAUCCGCCCGAGGGGCGGAGCGGCGGAGGAGACGCUCGUGCAUCGCGUCUGGCUGCGUCCGCGCAACAAGGACCACGAGGGCGACGCGGAAUCUAGCUCCAGUGCGGAGUCCCGGCUGAUGCAGGGGGAGGCGGUGAAGAGGCCGCUGGCAGACCUGAAGUUGGGCGACAGGCUCGAGGGCACAGUUAUUAGAAAGACGAGCGAAGGAGUGCGCCUGGAUUUUGGCUACGAGGUGUAUGGUCACUCGACGAACCCCCGGAAAGAGGCAUUAGAUAAACUCCAAGCGAAACAGACUGUUUUCGGAGUCGUGGAGCGGGUGGACCCGAAGGCCCGCAUGUUCUGGGUGGCCAUUGAUGGGUUGUCUAAAGGGAAGCUUUGUAGGGACCUGAAGGAGGGUGACGUAGUUGAUGGCACAGUCGUUUUGCGUGAGAAGAGCAGGGUGAAGAUCGACAUCGGAUGCGAAAUGACCGCCAGUUUGCCCGACAAGGAGAAAACAAAGGAGGUAUUCAAGUUCGAGCUGGGCGAGGAAGUCAAGGGCUUCGUUGUUGAAAGCGUGGAUGGCGAGAGCAAUAAGGUGACGCUGUCUCUCCCUGGCUUGUCUGAGCUUGUGGCCGAUAGGCCAGACGAAGAGUACGCCCCAAAGCAGAAGAUGAAAAGGGAGCCGGAGGUGAUGGUAAGUAAGAAUGGGUUCAAAUUCGUGUCUUUGAACGCCAACGAUCUGCGCAACCAAGGAUUCAAGGGUGUAGAGUUGCAGCUGUCAGGGCUCGUCUUUGGCGGCAUUGACAAAGGUUCGCAGACGAUAACGCUGAACAAAACUAAAGAUUUCUUUCCAGGUAUCGAGGAUGGGCAGGCGGUGAAAGGCACCAUCAGCAACAAGAUCCGAAACGCCGCGGUGUAUGCGGACAUUGGGGCCAAGAAGAACGCCAAGCUCGUUGACUCCCCUGGGGCACUCCUGCUCAAGUGGGGAGAGAAGGUUGAUUUAGUCGUCCAGAAGGUUCAUCACGAGAAGGGUUGGUGCGACGUCGUCGUACAAGGGAUUUCGGAGAUCACUGCCGGCAGAAAGGAGAAACAGACGGAGCUGAAGGACUUGGAAGUUGGCUCCAUCAUUCCUGGCCGCAUCGAGGGAAAGGUCGGGAAGUCCGACAGAGAGCUCUGGGUAGACGUCGGCGCGUCAAAGGCCGCGCGGACGUGGGUCGGUGACACGAAGCUCGCCAAGACGCUCCAGCCUGGCGCCGAAGUGCAGGUGAAGCUCCUGGACGUCGACCUGAACAAGACCCAGCUGACCGCCGACCUGCACGUGGAGUAG